AUGCAUACGACCGCGAACAACCAGCGCGAGACUCAGGUCGUGGCCCAAAGCUCGCAACCGGGUGCUGAGCAGAUCUCCAGUGAAGAGGCUUCGAGCUUCGAGGUGUCUUUUCUAUCUCGUUGUGGGCUACCUAUUAUUCCUGUUCUUAGCGGUCUAAUCGACAUUUUUGGAUACGCGGUGGAAGGGCUCAAGUCAUAUUUCCCUGAUGAUAUUGACUGGAUGCUUCAUCACUGGGGCCAGCAAGGCGAGCCGACAGAGAAUUGGGGACGUUGGCCAACGGAUGCUACUGGAGACAUUCGUCCCGUCAAUUGCCAUUCCCACAAUGAUUACUGGAGAUCCGUCCCCCUCUAUGAGGCAAUCUAUGCCGGCUGUACCGGUGCAGAGGCUGAUGUUUGGCUUGUCGACGACGAGUUAUACGUUGGACACAGAAGAUAUGCUCUCGCACAAAAUCGCACCCUUCAAAGCCUAUACCUCGAACCCCUCCUCAAGCUUCUAAACAAGCAAAACCCGCCCAUAAAGUACCAACCCGACGAAGAUUACCCUGACCCUUUUGUCGACAAACAUCCUCUCAACGGCAUCUUCGACGUUGACCCCUCUCAGACCUUCGUCCUCUUGAUUGACUUCAAAAGCUUCGGUCCGACCCUGUGGCAGAAACUGAACGAACAGCUCACAGUGCUCCGAGAGAAGGGAUAUCUGACUUACUUCAACGGCACCAGUAUAGUGGAAAACCCCAUCACAGUUGUAGGCACGGGCAACGCCCCCUUUGAUCUACUGGCCGCGGAGAGCUACCGCGACGUGUUCUUCGACGCCCCUCUAGAUGAAAUGGCAGAUCUGUCCACGCACUGGCCCAAUCCAAAUCGGGCGCAAGAUGUCACUCGAGCGCACGUCGACUACCGAAUACUACCGAAGACUAACACCACUAGCUCUCCCUCACAGACACCUUCGCUCGCCAACAUUCUCAACACCGACCACCAAACAGGCACCUCCAGCACCCUCAAUCUCACCCGCUCAACCAGCCUUCCCACCGCUGCCGACGUCUUCAAUUCCACCAACAGUUACUACGCCUCCACGAGCUUCACACGCUCUAUUGGGCGCGUGUGGGGUUCACGCCUCACGCAGGAUCAGCUCCAGCUGAUCCGAGGUCAGAUCCGGGGUGCGCAUGCCCGCGGCCUGAAGGUGCGGUACUGGGGGCUGCCGCAGUGGCCGAUCGGCCUGCGGAACCAUGUGUGGCACAUUUUGAUCCGGGAGGGCGUGGAUAUGCUGAACGUGGAUGAUGUGCGCGGCGGCACUCAGCGGGACUGGAGGAGGAGCAGGAGGAGGAAGAACGGUUGA